AUGGGGCUGCUGUCGCAGCGGGUGGAGAAGACGGAGAUCAAGGCCGGCCACCACAUCUACACCUGGCGGGCCAUCUACACCUACUCCCACCACGGUAAGAAGAGCUAUGGAGGGCCGCCCUUGCCGGCUCCCUCCCUCUACCUGCUCUUCCUCUUCGUCAGCGUCGCAGAAUGCGCGCCGAUUCUCCGCAACUCGCCUUCGUUCCUCGCGUUCUUGAAUGCUCGCCCGUGGAUCUGAUCGACAUCAAAUCUCUCACCUCCCCGUCUUCGCCGGAUUCCUCGGCGGUCGAUGACGCUUCGGCGUGGGUUUGAGUCCUUGGGCCGUCAACCGGCGCUGUGGAGGAGAGGACUAGAGCUGCCCUGUCUUCCCCAGCGGGACAUUGAUUCUUCGUGGCCAUCAAUCUCACCUGGCAUGUCUUCUUCAUUCAUGAUUUUCUUCUCCGACCCACAGGCAUCGUCAGUUGGGAAUGAGAAUCAAUUGGCCACCGGAGGAUGAGGAGCUGCUGCCAAUCCUGCCAGGAUCGGCAUCGAUUUUUAUCUCCCACUUCUUCUGACCGAACUCUGUUCUUUGUUGGGUUCUCAUGAAUGAGCUUGCCGAUGUUGAAAGACUGGAAAACUGACCAGAAUUCUCGAGAUCUUUCUUCUUCGGGGAUGGUCUUGAGCAGUCGGUGAUCUCCAUCCUAGUGUGAAUUCCCUUCUUCAUACGGUAAUCACAUGAGGAUUCCUCCGAGAACCGCACACCAGAGGAUCUCGCUUUGUAGGGUCCGUGGUAGAAGUGAACUCCCUCCCUGUUUCUGUACGCAGAUAUCAGAGGAAAUCUCUGGAGGAAUAUCCUUGCCAAAGGACCCAGACCCACCAUAAUCUUUUCUUCAUUUUUCUUGCUAAUUAGAGUUUGUUGCUCCAAGCAUGUUUCUGAGAAAAAUCAUUUAUUUUUUACACCUCAGUCUGGUUAAUAAAUAACAACAUUACCUGCAUAGUGGAGUCUCACAUAAUAAAUUAAAACAUCCCACCAUAGAGUACUUUUAGCCCAGUUUUUUUUUAACCUCUUCCCUUUUUUUUCUUCUUUUACUGAUCUUGAUGCUGUUCUUGAGCAUGAAUUUUUAUUUUGACUUUUGUUUUUUUUUUGUUUCUGAGAUUUCAUCAUGACAUGACCCCGUAUGAAGUGGCAUAUUCUCAUAAUACCCAUAUGGAAAAUGAUAAAAUUAAGCAACGAACAUAGAUAGUUCCAUGAACAAAAAUCUGUCCACCAUUCAAUGCUUCUAGUAGAGGGAAAAAAAAGGGAAAGAAAAACCUGGCCUUUGAUUUGCAAUUUGCAAUAGCAUUUUCUGAAUGAAGAAAGAAAGAAUUAUGAAACCCUGCAGGAAUCUACGUGGGAGGGAACAAAGUGGUGCACUUCACCUCCAACAGGCCCGUGUCGAGCUCCGCCACCUGCCCGACGUUCCCUGACUGCGGCUUCAAGCAGCCAGGCAGCAGCGUGGUGCUCACAUGCCUGGACUGCUUCCUCGGCAACGGCCUCCUGCACUGCUUCGAAUAUGGUGUCGCCCCCUCAGCCUUCUUCACCAAGCUCAGGGGCGGGACCUGCACAACGGCUGCCGCCGACCCACCUGAAGCGGCCAUCCACCGGGCCAUGUACCUUCUCCGGAUCGGCUUCGGCAGCUAUGAUAUCUUCAAGAACAACUGCGAGGAUUUUGCAAUCUACUGCAAGACAGGUCUCCUCACACUUGACAAGGCUGGCCCGGGGAAGAGUGGGCAGGCCUCGGCCUUACUCAAUUUCCCACUGGCGGCUGCUCUUUCCUCCCCUCUCCAGCUGGUCAUGGCGAGCCCCGCUGGUGUGGCCGUGGCCGCUGCCGGUGUGUACUGCGCCGGCCGGUACAUGACCGACGUGGGGGUCAGGAGGGACGUCAUCAAGAUCUCUGUGGAGGAGCUGGGUGCCAACCUUGGCCCGCCUGUGGAACAUGGGGUGAAUCAGGAGGAGUCUCAGUGA